UCACAAAAUCACUACUUAGCAAAUUUACCACCAAAAUGGCAAGUAUUGAUACUAAAAUUCUGUGGCAACGUUUUGUUGGUGGUGUAUUAUGGGCUUGGUUGUUUUGUGGUUCGUAUUCUCAACGCUGACGUGUCAUGUAUGGGGUUUGGAGACUUCAACUGAGUCGGAGCUGAGUCAUGUGACUCGGGAGCUAUUGGAAUCGGCGAGGAAGCCCGAGUUUUUAGAUUGGUUGAAAAAGAUUAGGAGGAGGAUCCACGAAAACCCGGAGCUAGCUUUUGAGGAGUUCGAGACGAGUCAACUCAUUAGAUCGGAGCUCGAUUCUCUUGGAAUUGGGUACACAUGGCCGGUGGCAACGACCGGCGUGGUGGCUCACAUUGGAACAGGAGCUCAGCCUUGGUUCGGCCUAAGAGCCGACAUGGAUGCCCUUCCUAUUCAGGAAUUGGUUGAGUGGGAGCAUAAGAGCAAGAAGAAUGGGAAAAUGCAUGCUUGUGGCCAUGAUGCUCAUGUUACUAUGCUGCUUGGAGCCGCCAAAUUACUUCAGCUACAUCACAGAACCGACCAACUUAAGGGAACUGUGAAGCUUGUUUUUCAACCUGCUGAAGAGGGUCCUGCUGGGGCUUAUCAUGUACUAAAAGAGGGUGUACUUGAUGAGGUUCAAGCUAUGUUUGGAUUACAUGUUGACCCAACAUUGGCUACUGGUUCAAUAGGUUCCAGGCCCGGUCCUUUCUUCUCUGGCUCUAGUCGAUUUUCGAUUGUGAUAGAAGGGAAAGGUGGAGAUGCUGCUAUGCCUCAUGCAUCCAGAGAUCCAAUUCUUGCAGCGUCGUCUGCUAUCCUUGCCCUUCAACAGAUUAUCUCAAGAGAAACAAAUCCUCUUGAGGCAGGGGUGGUAUCAGUGUCGUUCAUCGAUGGAGGCCAAGCAGCAAGUAUUAUUCCGGAGAAAGUAAUAUUUGGAGGCAGCUUUCGGUGUUUUACUUCAGAGGGUUUAUCCUACCUUCAACAGAGAAUCAAAGAGGUGGUAGAGUUGCAAGCCUCAGUGCAUAGGUGUACUGCCAAAGUAGAUUUCAUGCUGGACAAGAGAAGAGCAUAUCCAGCGACUAUUAACGACAAAGCGAUGUAUGAACAGGUAAAGAGGGUUGGUGAAGUUUUGCUUGGAGAACCUAAGGUGCACCUUCUUCCAAAGAUUAUGGCGGCUGAGGACUUCAGUUUCUAUGCACAGAAGAUGUCAGCUGCAUUUUUCAUGAUUGGAGUGAGAAACGAAAGCUUUGGUUUGGAUAUUAAGGACUUACACUCUCCUUACUUUGUUGUUGAUGAAGAAGCUCUCCCAGUUGGAGCAGCUCUCCAUGCUGCUGUGGCUAUUUCUUUCUUGGAGAAUCAUUCUGCUCAGAUUCAAUAAAAUUUAUGCCAUCCCUUUUGACAAUAUAAUGGGAUGUUGUGAAAGAUAACAAGUAAUAAAAUAGAAAGUAGAGGAUCGUUUCUACGAAGAUUGUUACUAAUUACCAAUUAUUAAUUUUCAUUUUCUAUUUAGCUAAUAAGAAUUUGAUUUUAAAAGUAAUAAAAAAAACUAAAAUUAACAAUUGAAAACUAAAUAAACAAAUUAUACAAUUAAUUUAAUGGAUAAAAACUAGGGUAUGUAACUUCAUUUUCUAUCCACUCUAUUUUUUAUUAACACAAUAUGAUGGUCUGAGAAUAAAUUUGUAUUAGUUUAGAUUUGAAUAGGUGAAUACAAGGAAUAAGUGUUUAAUAGCUGUGAUGAUAAUGUAGUGAAGUAGUGAUGUUGGUUGUGUAUUGUAAAGAAUGGUG